GCAAGAAACAUGGAGAAGGACUUUCGCAGAAAGAUGAACUAUAUAAUAAACUGGUUGAAAAGUUUGAAAACGAUCACCUGGAUUUCCCCCAGUCUUCUGUGAAAACCGACGGCUCAUAUUUCCUUCAGGUCCUCUGCAAUCCAUUAUGGUAUGUGACCAAUCACCACACCACCAUCAAUAGUGCUGCUAUCAAAAAAUCAAAGGUUCUUCCUAUUCCGCCUGCAUUUGAAGAUUACGAUGGCUACAAUGAUGUUCGGCGUAAAAAGUUGAAAUGUGAACCAUUAUCAAGUCUGCAAUUGAAAAGUCAUAGUGAAGCUUUAUACAGUUUACUUAUGAAACCAAUUGUAAAUAGUUCUCCACAUUGGGAAAAAGCAGGGAUUGAAAUUAAACAGCUUGCUGAUUGUUUCAAGAUGUAUAAAAACCAUAUGGAUGAACAAAGUAAAACAGUCAUGAAAAACCAAAAACUUUAACACCCAGUCCGUACAAUUGACAAAGAUACAACUAUAGAACACAGAAGGUCAUGUAUUGCUGUUAACAAAAAAUAUGAAAUGGUUGACCAAGCCGUUAAGUCUUCUGGUAAGCUGAAUCCAGUACUCUUCGAUGAAUUUGUUCACUUGGAAAAACCAUUUGCAACAAAUGAUGAACGCUAUCGGUACUUGCAUGAUCUUCAACUGUCUGGCCCAGUAGAUAUACUGCGUUUCAGCCCUGGAGGAUCAAGUACAACAACAGUUUGCUUGUGUCAAGUUGAAGAAGAUAGAUGUGAAACUCAAAUUCUAACUGAAGGUGCCCUAUUCCUGCAAAAAAUGAGGAACAACUUGAAGGAGUUUCACACAAGAACUCAAAGACGGUUGUUUAAAGAAAAACCGAAAAAUGUGGCAUGCAUUUUGCCCUCCGUGGCAGAUGUCCUGUAUAAAGAGCUUGCUCUUGAUGCGACUGCUCAUCCUUCAACCCAAAAACGUAUCCGUUUUAUAUUCUUGGGAGAAACAGGCCUUAUCAAAGAUUUGCGAAGUUUAAAUCCUGGUCGACCAAGUAAUGUGUAUGACACUUUCUUUGAUGCAUUGGCAGGAAUUGUGGAGAAUAUUGCUGCGGCUGAUGAUCGACGCCAUGGUACAGCACACAUGUCUGAGUUUAUUUCAUUGGAGGAAAUGAUUAACAAAGCAAGGGAUGUCUGUCCUGAGGGAACCCCGAUACCUUCAAAGAGUUUAGUGCGACUGCAGUUUGCCCCUAAAAAACCCUAUGCAAAGGUUGCGCUCAAUUUCACCAGUCGGAUAAAGGUGCAAUACAAAAUUCAACGUCGCCAACUCCGUCUUACUCAUCCAGAUGACCAUUUCUGUAAUGCCCAGUUUCGAUACUUAAAGGAGCGAGCUAUCAAGUUGAAGAACAAUUGUACCCUCAUGUUUUGCGAUGAUAAAGCCAAAGUACCAUAUGGUGAACCUGGAAGUUCAGUGUCAACGGGUGUCAGAGGAAAAGUGAGUAUUGUGCCAACAUCCACAACCCUGGUUGCCUUAGAUCACGAUAUGACCAAAGCAUCCCUGACCCCAUCGGUUGUUCUUGACUGCAAUAUACCUGAAAGUAUUGACAAGUCCUUUGUUCAAGGAAGGGUAACAACUGUUAUCAAUGACUCCAUCUUUCAGACAGCAUCACCAUUUCGUCAUGCUAUAGUCCUUGCCAAAGUGAUGAAACAAAAAAAGGAUAUCCCUCCUGUAUUGUUGAAAUUUACGGAUGGAGGAACAGAUCAGAGAAAAACCCUAGAGAGUGUCAAGUGUGCUUCAAUUUACCUUUUCAAAAAUUUAAAUCUGGAUAUGUUACUUUUAGGAAGGUGUGCACCAGGUCAUAGAUAUGUCAAUCCAGCAGAAAGAGUAAUGAGCAUCUUGAAUAUUGGGUUACAAAAUGUAUCACUUGAGCAAGCAAAAUCUUCUGAUGAAGUAGAAGCAUUGCUGAAAAAGUGCAACAGUGUGGCUGAUAUCAGAACCAUGGCAACAAAAAACCCACAUAUUAAGCCUGCUUGGCUUGAACUUGUACAACCUCUACAGUCUUUGAUACAGAAUCGAUUUCUGCGUCUGAAGUUGAAGGAAGAACCUAUUGGAGUGCUAAAUCCUGUAACUGAUGAGGAACUAGAGGAAUUUAAGCAUGGUCUCUCUGAACUGUUUCCCGAUCUGCAGCUUGACAAACUACAGAAAGUUCACACUUCAAAAGUAGAGUCCUACAACAACUGGAUGGACAACCAUUGCCGAAUACGCCACUACACCUUCCAAAUAAGGAAGUGCCAUGAUCAAGGUCGCUGCUCAGCCCCAAGACUUUCGUGGGAACAGCUUGAGUGGUUGCCAGACCCAGUGCUUGAUGAGACCGGCAACCAUUAUAAAACAUAUCAUGAUGUUCAACACAUCGACACCACUGAGAGUGAUCGACCAUCAAUAAGUUGCAAAAAGCCUGCUGUGAAAAGAGCGUGUGAACAAAUAUCUGACUCUGAAACUGAAGUGGACCCAAUGAUUCCUGAGCCAGAUCCCCAUCUGUGCACUAUUCAAAAUGCCAGAGCAUUGGCCGUUUGUGUGGAGUGCCGGAAGCCAAGGAUGGUGUAUGCUCACCUCAAACUCUCAGAAAGGCAAACCAUUUCAGUUGCUUUGUCCAUUAGCGAGUUCGACUAUACAUGUGGUGCACCAAUUCUACCACCAACUCACUCCCUUGUCAAAAAGGUCAUGUGCCGAACUGCCAUGAACUGUUCAACACAUGUUGAGCUGGCAUUUUAUGGCAGACCAGAUAUGUGGAAAACUGACAUAUGCUGCCAUUGUGGUGCUGAAGGAGCCGAGGUAAAUCUUGAUCUCAAGAAGAACUACAAAACAGUGUUGCCACAGUGCAUUUCUUGCACACAGGAAGGGAAACAACCAGUGGUUCAACGGCCGUUUGGGGUGAAAAAGUAAUGUGAACAUAAUUAUUACUUACAUGUAAGCUGCAAAGAAAAGACAACAUACGUUAUUAAAAAUCAUUUGUGUUUUCAAGAUUGCAACAUCUAGAAUUUCAUCAUGGGAAUUUUUUUUUCACUGUUUUAACAUGUCUCCUAAAGACAAUGCAUGAGAUAGUAGAUCAUGGAAGCAACCUUGAUAUUGCUUAAAAUUUCCCUUUGACUAUGCCUUGUGACUGUGCAGAUACGAUUUUUGAACACUCAUAUUGUUUUGUCAUUCAGAUUUAAAAUUAUUUCAAGAUAUAUACCGGUAAGCUCCAUAUCAGUCCGACAGUUCUGUUAAGAUUUGUGAAAAUAAAAUAAAUCAGGGGUAUGAUGCA